GCAUGUUAAAAGCUGGAAGAUUGAGAAGUUAGGUUUCUCUUUCCCCUGUUCAACGAUUUCCCGCUAUUGUUUCCGUUACAUCUCCUCUGUCUCCUGUAUCUCUUCAUGGCAGACUUUCUACGAGUCAUCGGCAACAUCGGGACCGCUGCGGAUACAGCCUAUACAAUUCAAAAGGAUAUACGCCGCCUCGCUCGAGAUCUCGGCUACGCUCAAGAGGAUAUCCGAGAGUUUGCCACAGACAUCAAAGACUUCUCUCUGGUUAUCAAUGCCGCAAAUCUCACGCUUUAUGAGUAUGCCAAGAAGUCACCGGCUGAAACCAUAGUCCUUCAAAGCAUCCAUAAGUCUAAGCUAUUCGCCCGAAUACUUGCAGCAUCAAAUCGAGUCAUAGAUCAUAUCGACAAAAUAUGGCCCCGCCUCGAGUCCUUGGAGAGCAGAAUUCCGUUUGGCGAGCGUCUCAAAUGGGCAACGCGUCGCCCCCAAGUGGAAGCCUUACGUCCAAAGAUGGAAAGUGUCAAGUCGAGCCUUCAGCUAACCAUAAAUGUCGUGUUAUUGGAGUCGGUCCUCAACCAGGGCGAGUCUCGUGAAAAUAAGCGUUUAGUGAAGAGAUUAAAGCGGCAAAUUGUUCAUCAGAAGGAACGAAUCGCCGAGUUGACUGAACAGCUGCGAUAUGUACACGAAAAAGAGCCAGAAAAUGAUGAUGAAGACUUCUUUGAUCUCCAGGUGGGAGUUAAAGAGGUUGUUGAUCUAGGCGAGAAUAUGGUUGACCAAGGUAGAGUUCUGGACCUGGAUCACUCUCCCGCAUCUUCUUUCGCUUCCCGGGCAGUUGCUCAUGCCCAUUUGGCAUCAAGUCUUAUCCCGAAAUCUCAUGCCCGGCCGAAUUCGCCCCCGCCGGCCUUGCGUCCUGCGAGGACUUCAAUACGCCCUCAGCCGGUGGAACGUACUGCAUCGCGGACUCCGCCGCAUCGCCCAGCACCGGAGCGGCCGGAGACAGGCGAAAGACCCGGCGCUCCCGUGGCCGGGCAAGACGAGGGGUCGCCUGUUUCUAUCUCUGAAAGUUCGACAACUGCAACAAGUUCGCACACUUCUUCGUUAGCGACAACGGUCGAAUCAAGGGAACUUCGCGUCCAACCGCUAAACUUAACCCACAAGAGACGACGGAUUCCACGCAAACAUGAGAAAGAAGACUCGUCUCCAAGAGAGGUUGAGGCCGUGAGACACGACCUGUCAGAGCAGCCUAGCCCCGUUGAGCUUGAGGGAGCUAGUACAAUUUCAAAAGUUGAUGAAGACUUCAUCUCCGUCGGUCCAAAAAGCUAUUUAUUGCAACUCAAUUCCACCCGACCUAUGAUCCCAACUCAAGGUUAUGUCAACAUAGAUCACCACUCUAUCUCCAUAACUGCCCUACUCGAUAAAACGCUCGACCAUAAUCUCAUUUCUCUUGCACGCGUCCAGAGCUUGGGGCUCGAAAUGGAGCCGCCAGACGACGAAGACCCCGUUUAUUUUCACUUUGAGAAUGGGGAGAAGAGGAAAAGCUGUGGCCAGGUUGUCAUACUUUGGAGUAAGGGUGUGCAAUAUCGCAAACCGUUCCGGGUAAGGUGUCUGGUGUAUGAACAUGAUAUUAGGUCCUUGAUGUUUGGGAAACCAUUUUUGGAGAGGAAGAGAUAUUAUUGGGGUGGUGAUGACGGGGUGGAAGUUGAGGAAAGGGGAAUUUUUCAUGGGGAGGGGAAAGUGCAGGGUAAGAACAGAAAGUUGUAGGAUGUGGUCCUCGCGAACUUUCUGAAUCAAAGAUCUUGUAGUCACGCGGCAUAAUUCACAUUGCGAUAAAUUGAAGCUAGGGGCAAAAAUAAGAUUGUUUGCGGUGACGGCGAAGAGAAGAA